CUUCCGCGUUUACCUGCUCGGCUUCAACGAAUAGGGGGUAGGGAUGUCCAUAAAUUUCCAAGGUUGUAUUUUCACAUUUGAAACAUUUAAAAAAGAUAUAAAAGUGUGAAUUAUUGCCACGAUUAGAAGUAUUUACUUGAACCAGCAGGAGGAAGAAGGGGAAAUGAGUGCAAGCUGAGGAAGCUGAACCGUAGAAAGACACUGGAAGUUUUGCUUUGUUGAUAAACUUAAGUCGUGGCGACCGUCCACAAUGGGAUGUUGUCAGAGUGUUGAGAGCAAACGUGACUGGAAACCCCUGGAGGAGCGCUGCUGCACGGACAUACCAUGGCUCAUCAUAUUCUCGGCGUUUUGUAUUGGCAUGAUCUGUAUCUGUGGCUUUGCCAUCGCCACUGGAGCUGCGUCCAGGCUAAUUUCAGGAUAUGACAGCUAUGGCAACACCUGUGGUCAGAAGAACACCAAGGUGGAGGGAAUAGAGCUCAGUGGCCGGGACCAGACAGACAAUAAGUAUGUUUUCUUUCUAGACCCAUGCAACAUCGACAUCAUUAACAGGAAGAUCAAGUCCAUGGCCCUGUGUGUUUCCAAGUGCCCUGAUACUGAACUGAAAACUUACUAUGAUUUAAAGAAAUUUGCUCUGGACAAUGGUUCUCAACUCUGUUCCUAUGAAAUUACUCCUACAAGAUACCCGAGCCAUGGCGAGAGAUUCAGUAAAUGCCCAAAACUCCCUGUUCCACCAAGCAAGAGUAUCCCAGUGUUCCACCGCUGUGUUCCUGUGGACGUUGGCUGCUACGCCGAGUUUGCUCAGGCCUUUGUCACUUUCGUCAGCGACAACAGCGUUAUACACAGGGUCAUCGCUGGGGUGAUGGCCAGCAAGGAGAUCAUCAUGGGCCUUUGUCUGCUGGCAUUAGUCCUCUCCUUGAUCCUGAUGGUCGUCAUCCGUUACAUCUCCCUUGUACUGGUUUGGAUCCUGACGGCCCUGGUUGUUCUUGGCUCCAUAGGUGGGACAGGCGUCCUCUGGUGGCUGUAUGUUGACCACAGGAAUGCCCUGAAUGAAAAAACCACAUCAGUGUUUGGGAAAGAAGUGGCUGCAGACAAUGUGAAGGCCCUGCUUGUGUAUGCAAUUGGUGCCACUAUUUUCACGGUAGUUCUCCUGCUGCUGAUGUUCUUCAUGAGGAAGCGUGUGGCUCUCACCAUUACUCUUUUUCAUGUGGCUGGCAAGGUGUUCAUCCAUCUUCCCCUGUUGGCUUUGCAGCCCUUCUGGACUUUCCUCAGCCUCAUGCUCUUCUGGGUCUACUGGAUUGCUGUACUUCUUGCCCUUGGGACCGCCGGGAACCCUGUGAAGAACAACUCAACAGGUCUGGUUGAAUACCAAAAUAAAGGGCCUCUUCAGUACAUGGUAUGGUACCACGCUGUGGGUCUUAUCUGGAUCAGUGAGUUCAUACUUGCCUUCCAGCAGAUGACCAUCGCUGGAGCUGUGGUCACCUACUACUUCACAAGGAAUAAGUCCCAGAUCUCAGCGACUCCUAUCCUGACAUCAAUGUUGCGUGCAUGCCGCUACCACCUGGGCACCAUUGCCAAAGGCUCCUUCAUCAUCACACUUGUCAAGAUACCUCGUCUCAUCCUAACUUACAUCCACAAUCAGCUCAAAGGGAAGGAAAAUGCCUGUGCUCGUUGCAUGCUGAAAGCCUGCGUGUGCUGCCUGUGGUGUCUUGAGAAGUGUCUAGCAUACCUGAAUCAAAAUGCUUACACAGCGACAGCCAUCAACAGCACCAGUUUCUGCACCUCAGCUCGUGAUGCCUUCAUUAUCCUGGUGGAAAAUGCUGUUCGAGUGGCUGCUAUAAACACUGUGGGCGACUUUGUCCUCUUCCUGGGAAAGGUGCUCGUAGUUGCCUGUACGGCCUUCGCUGGCGUCUUGGCUCUGAACUACCAGAGGGAAUACACUGUGUGGGUCCUGCCUCUCCUCAUUGUUUGUCUGUUUGCCUUCCUGGUGGCCCACUGCUUCCUUUCUGUCUUUGAGAUGGUGGUCGACGUCCUCUUCCUCUGCUUUGCCGUGGACACAAAGUACAAUGAUGGAAGCCCUGGAAGGGAGUACUACAUGGACAAGGCCCUGAUGGAGUUUGUUGAGAACAGUAAAAAAAUGGGACGGUACAAGCCCGAUGAGGGGGAUGGACGUGAGAUGAAGUCCAUGACACGUGGAGGAACCUUAGCCUGACCAAACCAAAGAAUAAAUGUCAAAUGCACUAAAAAUGCUCCGAAGCUAACUCAGUGUGGACAACGUUUACCAGCAUUACUCCCCAGGGACAUCAUUGCUAUAACAAUGCACUUUAUACACAAGCUUCACUCAGUCAAAAUACACAUUGGAUUUUAUUGUUUUUAUUUCUUUAAAGGAGAUAUUGUCAGUUUCAUUUUUUGAGACUAACACAUUCAGGUUUUUUUUUAAUUAAUACACUGUCCUGUAUAUACCUGAUGUUUUUUUCACUGAGUAAAUAUUUGGUAGGGUAAUUUGUUUCGACAUAAUUAGUGUUAGUGGUUUGGAAGGUUCAGUACAUAUUCUGAAAUGAAUAGCUAACUGUUUUGUCAAAGUCCACUGUUUAUGAUAUCCUACGUUUGAUAAUUAAAUGAGUGAAAACACA